UGGUUGGCUCUGAAGGCGUCAGACAGAAUGGAAAAAAGCUUGCAGUUAGUCAGAGUCGGAGCCACGACAGCACCGAUAAAAGUGCUCUCAGGCAAAACAAACUCAAACCUGAAGUGACAACUGAAAUGGUACGGUCCUCCAGCGUAAUGGUUUCAAACAUGGCUUCAAUCUUAUCAGAACCAAAGUUUGGACUCAGAGAUACUAUUGUUAAAUCUCAGCUUGUACAAAUGGAGGAUUCCUACACAUACAUCCAGAACUUCAGAUUUUUUGUUGGGACAUACAAUGUAAACGGUCAGUCACCCAGAGAAAGCCUCCAGCCUUGGCUGAGAUGUGAUGCUGACCCUCCGGACAUUUACUGCGUGGGUUUCCAGGAGCUUGAUCUCAGUAAAGAAGCCUUCUUUUUCAAUGACACACCGAAGGAAGAAGAAUGGUUUAAAGCUGUAACUGAUAGUCUUCACCCAGAUGCCAAAUAUGCAAAGGUGAAGCUUGUGCGGCUCGUGGGAAUCAUGCUUCUGUUGUAUGUGAAAGCAGACCUUGCUUUGAACAUCUCCGAGGUGGAAAUUGAGACUGUGGGAACUGGAAUCAUGGGGAGGAUGGGUAACAAAGGUGGUGUUGCCAUAAGGUUUAAAUUCCAUAACACUAGCGUCUGUGUUGUGAAUUCUCACCUUGCAGCUCACACGGAGGAAUAUGAGCGGAGGAACCAGGACUUCAAAGACAUCUGCUCUCGGAUGCAAUUCUGCCAAUCGGAUCCAAAUUUGCACCCUCUCACUAUUGGCAAACACGAUGUGAUCUUAUGGUUGGGUGACCUCAACUAUCGGCUGGAGGAACUGGAUGUGACAAAAGUGAAGCAGCUUGUAGAUGAGAGAGCAUUUCUAGAGCUUUGCCAAUAUGACCAGCUAAAGAGGCAAAUGAAUGCAAGUGCAGUCUUUGAAGGCUUUACAGAGGGAGAGAUUUCUUUCCAGCCCACAUACAAAUACGAUGCUGGCUGUGAUGACUGGGACACAAGUGAGAAGUGUCGUGUUCCAGCGUGGUGUGAUCGGAUACUCUGGAAAGGGCAGAACAUUGCUCAGCUGAGCUAUCGCAGCCAUAUGGCUUUGAAGAUCAGUGAUCAUAAGCCAGUUAGCUCUGUGUUUGAUAUUGGGGUGAAGGUUGUGAAUGAGGAGCUCUAUCGAAAAGCCUUUGAGGAAAUAGUGCGCUCCCUGGAUAAGCUGGAAAAUGCCAACAUUCCCUCGGUGACCCUCUCCCAGAGAGAGUUCCAUUUUGAGGAUGUUAAAUACAUGCAGCUGCAGGUAGAGAAGUUUACAAUCCGCAAUGGACCAGUGCCCUGCCAGUUCGAAUUUAUCAGCAAACCAGAUGAGGAAACCUACUGCAAGGAGUGGCUGAUUGCUAAUCCUAGUAAGGGCUUUCUCCUAUCAGAUGCUGAGGUCACAAUUGAGUUGGAGGUGUUUGUUAAUAAAUCAACAGCUACACACUUAAACUCUGGAGAGGAAAAACUUGAAGAUAUCUUGGUCUUGCAUCUUAACAGGGGGAAGGAUUAUUUUCUAUCUGUAACGGGAAACUACUUGCCAAGUUGCUUUGGGUCUCCCAUCCACACGCUGUGUUACAUGAGGGAACCGAUCCAGGACAUGUCAGCAGAAUCCAUUCGGAAACUUGUGAGUUAA